AUGGUUCUAUUGCCAACCGUGCAAGACAUCGAAGGUGAGGGUCGCACAAAAAUUGCUUACUCAGCCACGAAGCUCGCAAAGUUCGGCGGCAGUGCUUGCCGGAGUUUACCCGUCGACUUCAUGCUUUUCUGCUCACGCGCGACUUCCACACGCCGCCCAAACGACAUCUUCGCGGCGGUCCGCGCCUCGCACCUCGCACCUCGCACCUCGACAUUCCCAAACCUCCAACAUAUCACUGGCGCCGCGCGACCCGAUAUCCAUACCACCGCGAUCACCGCCGAUGAAGCAAACGGAGCAGGCGACACUCCUUCCCCAUCCCCAGCCGCGCCAAUAUCAACGCCUACAAGCAAUAUGGCAGAUGCGAAGAGCUCGCUGAAUCCAGCGUCGGUGGAAUUCGCUAGAUCGCUCGAAUUGGAGUCCAUACCCGAGAAGCUUCGCUGCGCGACAUGCAACAGACUCGCCAUUCAUGCCGUGAAGCUGGGCUGCUGCGAUAGCACAAUCUGCGGCGAGUGCAACGACUCACUUAGUGGGGAUUCAUGCCCUGUGUGUGAGCACUCUCCAUUCUCCCCAGACCUGGUAUCGCCCGCAAAAAGCUUGCAGACCACCGUCAAGGUCUUUAUCAAGAACGAGGCGAAGAAGCGCGGCAUUGAUCUCACCGGAAAUACGCCAAAACCACUCGCUCCAGCAGCAGCAGCUUUCGAGACUCCGCCUGUAGCAGCCGCCACACUCACACUGGCAGAGUCAGGGCCCGCGCCGACUCCAGCUGUGGAGGGCGACGCGGGAGCUGCUAUUGCGCCAGAAGAAGCCGCGCCGUCGGCAGAGCUAGGGGCGGCGUCAGAACAAGAGCUCGACACUGCACCUGCGGAUGGAGAUCUGGAGUCGGCCGGAGAGAAGGCUCAAGAUGCGGAGCAGGAUGAAGAUGACGACGAUGACGAUGAUGUUGUGAUCACAACCGAGAGACCUGAAAAUGAAGAACAGCAGUACUCAGCAGAGGGAGACCAGCAGUACAAUAACCAGGCUAAUGGCGAGAGCGAGAAUACCAAUCAGAACAUGCAAAUGGAUCAGCAGCAACAACAGGAUUUCAAUAACUUCAACCAAGGCAUGAACGGAUUCGGCAACAACAACUUUGGCAAUAUGAACAUGAAUGGCUUCAACCCGAUGAUGGGAAUGCCAAACUUCAUGGCCAUGCCAAACAUGAUGGGCAUGAACAUGGACCCCUCAAUGAUGUUCGGAGGCAACUUCGGCGGCAUGGGCGAUAUGAGUGCUAUGAUGGGCAUGGGGAUGGGCAACAUGGGUGGCGGCAUGUCUGGUAUGGGCGACUUCAAUGGCAUGAAUGGGCCCGGUUUCUUUCCCAAUCAAGGAAACUAUAUGCAAUCACAGAAUUUCGGAAACGGUCCUCGGUCGAAUGAUUUCUACAAUAAUCGUGGCUACGGUCGUGGUUACGGCCGUGGCUUCGGUAGAGGAGCUCGAGGUAACCAAUACGGCCGUGGCCGUGGUAGCUGGCAAUACCAGCAACAACAGCAGUAUGGCAACCAUAGUCAGUUUGCGCAAC